GCAGAGAGACUUGUGUCAUUGACAUGCGCUUGUUUUGGUCCGUCAAUGUGCGAACCAAACGUGGCUUAACAGAAAUUGGCAAUAUCCACAGAUAAACUUGUAAUUCUUCACAUUUGAUCGAUUAAAUUAAGUCCGUUAACAUAUCGUGUUGAUAAGUCAUCUGACAGUUACAGCGCUGGUCAAGCAUGUUCGCUGAGGAGGAUGAGUGGAACGAUGAUCCAGAAGCCAAAGCUCUGACCAAGACGGUCAUCAGCAGAUUCAAACUGUCUGACAGCACCAAUAUCACGACAAAAUGUGUUGGGAAGAAGAGUUUGUUACUGACCCUCCAAACACUGGGGUCCGUACCAAACUGGAGCAAGAGCAAUGGUGCCCCUUGGGAAGCAGGCAGUGACAGCGAAACAGAGGCCAUACUGACACCACACACCAAGAGGAAGAAGAAAAGAGGACGCAAGAAAGUAGCUGUUUCAGGAGAAGAGACCGAUAAGGACAGUGGAGAUUUGUGUGCCGAGGAGACUGCAGUGCCUGUAGCUAAGAAGUCAAUAAAAGCAAAGAAACCAAUAAAAUCAGGGUUCAAAAAGGUAAAGAAUAGAGAGUCCAUUAUGGGUGGUAGUAAACAAGGAAAAGCAGCAACAGAUGCUGAGAUUGAGAGAUUAAACCGAAAGCAAUGGAAAAACAAGACAAAGAACAAGAAGAAAUGUAAAAACAAAUACAAAAUAAAAAAUGGAGAUAAUACCACCCCCCCAAAAAACACAAAAGCAGAGACCACUGUGCAAAAGGAUACAGAAGAUGGACCAAAAAAAGCUUCUGGUGUGAACAGGGAAACCGUGGUCGUCCAGACACACCGCCAUACAAAGGGGAAAAAACAGCAGAAAGAGGGUGAGCGUAAAACACAGAAAAGGAAAAAGGUUCCAGGGGGAAAAGAGACGACUUUCAAUGAGACUGCUUCCACUCCAGACACAGAAACCGUUCAAAACAAUAAGAACUUGUCAGAGAAAAAGACAAAGGGGAGCAUUGAAGAAAAAGCAGUUCCACUAGGUAAAGAGUUAAUGACAGAAGAGGAGAAACCUCAGGAGCUGGUUAGGGAGGAGCAGCACGCGGAGCCGCCCGGCAGUAAGAGGAGGAAAUGGGACGAGAGCAAAGGGCAAGACCGGCGGAGAGAAAAGCUCAGGAGAAUGCUCCAUGGCCAGAGCCCGGAAAAGAAAGAGAAACCUGCUGAGCAGGAGGAGACACGCACCACAGAGGAGGUGAAAGAGGCUUCUGCAGACCGCUCGACUGCUCUGAGGUCCCGCAUGGAGCAGCGUUUGGAGUCAGCGCGGUUCCGAUAUAUUAACGAGGUUCUGUACACCACGUCUAGUGGGGAGGCAAAACGCAUGUUUAGACAAGACCCCCAGGCUUUUAGCAUCUACCACAGGGGCUUUACGGCACAGGUCCAGCGCUGGCCAGCUAAUCCUGUCGACGCCAUCAUCUCCUACAUACGCCGCAUGCCUGCCUCUCUGGUAGUGGCAGAUUUUGGCUGUGGUGACUGCAAAAUUGCUCUAAGCUUGAAGAACAAAGUGCACAGUUUUGACUUGGCACCUAUCUGUGACCGUGUAACUGUCUGCGACAUGGCCAAUGUACCGCUCAAGGAUGGUACUGUGGACAUAGCUGUAUUCUGUCUCUCUCUUAUGGGGACUAACCUUGUGGAUUUUCUAGUUGAGGCUAACCGUGUGCUGGUGAUGGGGGGUAUCCUGAAAAUUGCAGAGGUGGCAAGUAGAUUUGAGAAUGUGAGGAACUUCAUGGGUGCUUUGUCCAGCCUGGGAUUCAAGUUGGUCACAAAGUUUGAAAAGAUUGCAGAAGCUCCAGAGAGGGUAAAGAAGGCAGCAGGACUGGAGCUGAGGCCUUGUUUGUAUAAGAAACGAUGAGGGCAACAGUGAUGAGAACAUGGGAGAAACAGUUCCAAACAUAUGUUCCAAAUGGCACUCUAUUCCCUUUAUACUGCACUACUUUUGAACAGGGCCCAUGGGGCUCUGAUCAAAGGUAGUGCACUAUAUAGGGAAUAGGGUGACAUUUGGGAUACACCCACAGGAGAGAAGUCAAGCAGGAAGGGCAGUAACAGAAAAUGUAUCUUCUACUGGAUGUAAAUAUGAAAAUGACUUUCAUAGAUGACCCCCAAACAAUGUAUCAAGGAUUGUUGAUAUUGUCAAUAACCAUUUGUGGGCUUUCAAAUGUCUGUUUCAAAGAGAAAACAUGUUCAAAAGUUGUUGACAACAUUGGUAUAUUUUUUAUUAUAUCAAAAAAGAAUUGUAUUGUAUUAAGUCUUAUCAUGCACAAUAAUUUAAGAUUUAUAAAUCAAGAAGAAACAUUCUUAUAAGAUGUAUAGUUUAAGUCUGUCUAUAAGUGCUUCAACAUAAUCGCAGCAUUGCAUUCUGCAGUCUAGUUUUAAAGGGUACUCGCAAGCCUCACUCGUCUCAGUGUACAUGCAGUCUAGUUUCAAAGGGUAUUCGCAGGCCUCACUCGUCUCAGUGUACAUGGCACAGGAUCUAGAUUGGCCACUAGAGGAACACUGGUGAUAAUGUUAUUUUCGCAGGAGUGUGUAUUCUUGCAAGAGUGUGUGUGUGAGCGCGCGCGUCAAUUAAUUUAGUCUUAAACCUGUCAAACAAGGCAGUUUUAACAACAAGAUACACAUUUACAGUAACUUUAAUGAUAAUGCUCCGGAUUUUACAACAUUAGAUAACCAAAAUGAACAACCUUUCAAAGUUUAAUACUUGUGGGGACCAGAAAUCCAAAACAGUAAAACAAACAGUUGCUACGCUCAACAUCAUUUCUAGCAGUUUUACAAUACAUUUCUUUACAACAUAUUACGAUUAUUGAAAACACCAAAGCAUGACAUACAUAAUAAUACACUAAUAAACAAAACAAAAAAAUCAUGAAAAAUUCACAAAAUAAUGCAUUUUAAUAUCCUGGCAUGAAUCACGUAAGAGUGAUGCACAGAAUACUCUAGCUGGGUCAGCAGACCCAUCUGAAUGUUCUCUGACAUAUAGUACAAGCCUGUGGUUGCCUACAGUCAAAAGCUUGCUAAUGAAAAAAAAAAAAUGUCUGUGUAAUGUAUCUGUAUCUACAGUUGAAGUUGGAAGUUUACAUACACUUACGUUGGAGUCAUUAAAUCUCGUUUUUCAACCACUCCACAAAUACCUUGUCAACAAACUAUAGUUUUGUCAAGUCUGUUAGGACUUCUACUUUGUGCAUGACACAAGUCAUUUUUCCAACAAUUGUUUACAGACAAAAUUAUUUAACUUAUAAUUCACUGUAUCACAAUUCCAGUGGAUCAGAAGUUUACAUCCACUAAGUUGACGGUGCCUUUAAACAGCUUGGAAAAUUCCAGAAAAUUAUGUCAUGGCUUUAGAAGCUUCUGAUAGGCUAAUUGACAUUUUAAUCAAUUGGAGGUGUAAUUGAACGUAUUUCAAGGCCUACCUUCAAACUCAGUGCCUCUUUGCUUGACAUCAUGGGAAAAUCAAAAGAAAUCAGCCAAAACCUCAGAAAAUAAAUUGCAGGCCUCCACAAGUCUGGUUCAUCCUUGGGAGCAAUUUUCAAACGCCUGAAGGUACCACGUUCAUCUGUACAAACAAUAAUACGCAAGUAUAAACACCAUGGGACCACGCAGCCAUCAUACCGCUCAGGAAGGAAACGCGUUCUGUCUCCUAGAGAUGAAUGUACUUUAGUGUGAAAAGUGCAACUCAAUCUAAGAACAACAGCAAAGGACCUUGUGAAGAUGCUGGAUGAAACGGGUACAAAAGUAUCUAUAUCCAUAGUAAAAGGAGUCCUAUAUCAACAUAACCUGAAAGGCCGCUCAGCAAGGAAGAUUCCACCACUCCAAAACUGCCAUAAAAAAGCGUGAGGAAGGAUAAUUACGUGGAUAUAUUGAAGCAACAUCUCAAGACGUCAGUCAGGUAGCUAAAGCUUGGUCGCAAAUGGGUCUUCCAAGUGGACAAUAACCCCAAGCAUACUUCCAAAGUUAUGUCAAAAUGACUUAAUGACAACAAAGUCAAGGUAUUGGAGUGGCCAUCACAAAGCCCUGACCUCAAUCCUAUAGAAAAUGUGUUGGCAGAACUGAAAAAGCAUGUGCGAUCAAGGAGGCCUACAAACCUGACUCAGUUACACCAGCUCUGUGAGGAGGAAUGGGCCAAAAUUCACCCAACUUAUUGUGCUUGUGGAAGGCUACCUGAAACAUUUGACCCAAGUUAAACAAUUUAAAGGCAAUGCUACCAAAUAAUAUUGAGUGUAUGUAAACUUCUGACCCACUGGGAAUGUGAUGAAAGUAAUAAAAGCUGAAAUUAAUCAUUCUCUACUAUUAUCCUGACAUUUCACAUUCUUAAUAAAAUAAAGUGGUGAUCAUAACUGACCUAAGACAGGGCAUUUGUACUAGGAUUAAAUGUCAAGAAUUGUGAAAAACAGUUUAAAUGUAUUUGGCUAAGGUGUAUGUACACGUCCGACUUCAACUGUAUGUGAUGUUGUAAUGUUUUUGCACCAUGGAAUUUAGGGACCACAAUGGAAAUAAGUCUCUGACUUUUGCGAUAUCCUUAUCAAGUUUUUAAAAAUGCAUUUACUGAGUAUGCUUUUUUUUUUACCUACCAAACUAAAUCAACCAGACUCAAAUGACACCCUAUUUCCUAUACAGUGCACAAGUAGUGCUCUAUAUGGUGGCAGUAGGGGGUGCACCCUGUUAUUUACACAGUUGAUCUGGCAUCAAUGACAAUAGAGUAGCUGAGCAGCUGGUUGUACUCCUGGCCUCCUCCUCCUGGUACUGUCACUGCUGCCUUCCCCUUCCUCAACUCUGGAGAGCACAGGUCCUGGGUCAGAGAGGUUAGGGGUGCCAGCGACUCUCGCUUCUUACAGGAGUUCAGAGAAGAUAGGAGACAAGGGGACAAAGCACAUCAAAUGUUGAAUAAAGACCUAUGGAUAGAAGCUAUAGGAAUAGAUGAAUGAAGGCAAGAGGACCAUUCUCAUGAAUUCAAAGCGUGUAUAAUGUUUUUUUGAGAACUCAUCAGUUAGAGAAAAGAUCUAAGAAUGACUGACCUUAGAUGCUGGGCGGUCUCCUCCAUUUAUUUUGCUGCAAAAAAACAAUUAAAACAAUUCAUUGUCAUUUGAGUUACAGUGACAGACAGCAUUUCAAAUAUUGUCUAAUUCUUCUGUUGUUUUUAUACAGUUGGGUAUCAUCCUCACUCACUAAUAAAGUUGCAUGGCCAAAAAUACCUGCAUGGCCAAACUGCA